GCGGAUGGUGGUGGGCGGGUAGUUGAACGCGGCGGCGCUAAUGGCCCGCCUCAGCACGAUAUCAAGGAUCUCUGUCGCCGCGUCCCGCUCUCUCUCCUCCUCCGUCCGCUCCCGCCCCGCCGUUAGCGUCUCGAGGCUCCCUAACUCUGCAGCUGCUCCUUCUCCGUGUCUGCUGCGUCUCCGCUCCUUCGCGACAACCAUGGACGGCGGCAGAGGCAACGGAGGGGACCAGCAGCUCGGCUCCGAGCUCGAGGCCAUCUUCAAGGAGAAGCGGAUCCUCAGGUCCAAAGUCCGCAAGUCCCUCAGGUCCAUGGACCCUCUCCAGAGAUCCCAGGAAGAUGAUGCAAUUCAGCGCAUCGUGCUCGAUGCUCCCUGGUUCAGAUCUAGCCAGAGACUGUGCGCGUAUAUCAGCUGCAGUGCCUUGCGGGAAGUCGAUACUUCAAAGAUACUGUCGGAGAUUCUGCAGAAUACCGCCCGAGACAGUCAGGCGCACUCGAGCAAGAAGGUUUAUGUUCCAAGAGUGGAGGACAAGAACUGUCACAUGCGAAUGUUCAACAUCUCAAGUGUCGGUGAUCUGAUUGCUAACUCAAUGGAUAUACUCGAACCAGCUCCAGUUGAUGCCGAGGGAAAUGAACGUGAAGAAGUCAUGCACGCAAAGGAACCCAUUGAUCUGUUCCUCUUACCCGGACUUGCAUUUGACAGAUCAGGAAGGCGCUUGGGUCGUGGCGGAGGGUAUUAUGAUACUUUUCUGAAGAGCUACCAGGAUCUUGCAAGGGCUCGGAAUUGGAAGCUACCCCUGCUUGUUGCAUUAUCUUACUCCGUGCAGAUUAUGGAGGAAGGAGUUAUAUCAGUUACUUCAGAUGAUAUCCCAGUGGACGCUAUUGUCUCCCCUGCUGGUGUGAUUCACAUCAGCCCUGCUGCUUCUGAGAGAAUGAAGUCUUGACAUCACGGGACGCUGGGAUGAGCCAUCCUUUUUUCUACAGCAAAGGAACUCUCAGUUUGUGGGGCAAACAUCAUCCCGGUGGCAUCAAAGGGCUGAAGCAUCAUCAAACACCAGCAAGGUUUAAAUAUAUUAUUUUUCCGACUUGUCAACUUAUACGCAUUACCUUCAUCAUACUGUAAUAUGUGCCGAACACUCACAUCUUUUGGGGGGAAUCCAUCUAUGUUCGGGUUCAUGUUCGUCCUCGAA